UGCUGAGGUAAUGUCAGCAUAUGAAACAAAUACUGAAUCGGACAGCAAAAAUUAGUUAGAUAGUCACUAAGUCUCGCGAAAUAGAGUGCGGCGGGGAAAUAGAAGUUGUAAAAAGCCCGGUCGCGUAGUGUUUAAAAUUGAAAAUUUGUCAUAAAGAUUCAUUAGUGCCAUAUAAAAUGAAAAAAUGACAUCGACCACUACAACAAUUAGAAAAUCUUAUGGAAAUAGACGUUUGUAUGCAUUUCCCGAAGAUUAUCCGUUUCGAUUUCAAAAACAAAAAAGUGUUGGUGUACCUAAAAAGAAUGAGGAUGUGGCCAAGUUAAUAAAAUAUAUUGAUGAUAAUAUAGUUGGGAAAAAUAAUGCCUUUUUGGGACCUUUCGGCAGACGAAAAGUGGUGUUUUGUGAUUACGCCGCUUCGGGGAGGUCGCUACAAUUUAUAGAAGAAUAUAUUUUAAGAGAGGUUCUUCCAACGUACGGAAAUACGCCUUAUACCUCCAGCAUAUCGUCAUUACAAACGACAUUAUUUAGACAAGAAGCUAGGGACAUAAUUAGAAACGCUGUUAAUGCAUCCGAAGAAGACGCAGUCAUAUUUUCCGGCCACGGUUGUUCGGACGCUUUAGAAAAACUAAUUACGGCGUUAGAUUUGCGGGAAUCCCCCGUCGUGUUCACCGGAUCGACAGAACAUUACGAUAAUAUUCAUUUAUGGCAAAAAAUUGGAUCGAAGUUGGUGCGAAUAGGGGAAACGAAAGAAGGUUUACUAGAUUUGGCGGAAUUAGAAAAUCAACUGAAAUUCUAUCAGAAUUGCGGGAGGCAGAUGAUAGGAUGUUUUUCUUUAGCAUCGAGCGUAACAGGUCUCGUAGUGGACGAUAUCGCUUGUACAAUUCUUCUACAUCAAUACGGAGCUUUGUCCUUUUGGGAUUUCAACGUUGGCGCUCCUUGUUUACUCAUAGAUAUGAAUCCAAUUAUUCCGGGAGUCGAGGAAACUAACUCUUCUUCCGCUUUUAAAGACGCCGUAUACUUUUCGGGACAUAAGUUCGUUGGAGGAGUCCAAACUCCCGGUAUACUAGUUGCCAAAAAAUCGAUAUUUCGAAGGUUAAAUACUUGCGAACCUGAUGGUUUCUUCGUUUCGAAUGAUCAUGACAAGAAUUUCGAUCUGCAAGAAGACGGCAACUGCGCCGCGAUUGUUGAAUCGAUCCGCGCAGGUCUGGUGAUGCAAUUAAAAGAUACCGUUUCCGUAGCCAAUAUCAUUCAAAGACAAGAUAAAAUUGUUAAACAAAUGCUGCAACAUAUUAGAACCAUCCCGGAAUUGAUUCUUCUAGGAAACAAUUCUCCCAAUAUAAAGAGAAUACCGAUUUUUUCUUUUAUGGUUCGACAUCCUAGAGGAAGUUUUCUUCAUCACAAUUUCGUUUGUGCGGUAUUGAAUGACGUUUUCGGUAUACAAGCUAGAGCGGGAUGUCCUUGUUCAGGUCCUUACGCUCAAGAGUUGCUGGGAAUCGAUCAAAGUUUGGCGGAUCAGUAUGAGAGUAUCAUAUUGGAAGAUAGACGUUUGAGCAGUUUGAAUUUGGGAGUGGAAAAUUCCACAUUGGAACUUUUAAGACCCGGUUUCACGAGAAUCAGUCUUCCAUAUUUCAUAAACGACACAGAACUGGCCUUCAUAAUGGAGGCCGUGAAGAUGGUCGCCACCGAAGGUUGGAAACUUCUUCCGCAAUACGUCGUCGAUCUCGAAACCGCCGAAUGGAGACAUCACUCGAACGUCGUCUCCAAAGACAGAAAAUGGUUAUCGUCAAUAAGAUACUUGGACGGAAAAAUGACUAUGAACGAAAGGAGAAUAUCGGGACCGGGAUUGUUUCCUCAAAAUUACUCGGAAUGCUUACAAACUGCCAGAAAUUUGUUCAACCGCGCCAGGAAAACGGCGAACAGGAGCCCCUAUCACGAUCAGGGAAUCGUGUUCGAUAACAGAGGAGAAAAAUUACGUUGGUUCAUGUUGCAACACGAAGCCCAAAGCAUGCUGACCAGCAACGCGCAAAACGUCAAACAAAAAGUUCCGUUCGAUCCCGCCAACAAUUUGUGGUCCAAAAAACAAGACAAAGAUAAAAAAUUUUCGUUGUAUUACAGAGAAAACCCAUCGAGUUUCCACGUACCGAUGAGCGGUUCCCCGAGACAUUUCAGUCUUCCCUCCAUAGACGAUCCGAAAUUGUUAACGUGUUCGUCUCCGGUGCCAUAUUUUCUACAAGACGUAAACGGUCUCUACUACCCCCAAAUAUCCCAACCUACGGUCAAUUUCGCCGUCGGCGAGGCCGUCAGUUCCGCCAAUUUGAAUCAUCUCCAACAGAAUUUCGCCAGGGAGAGGUGUUUGAGUCUCGGCGCCCCCACAGUUCAAUCUCCCGUUCUUAGCCCGUCGACGCGCGUCAGUCUCGGUAUGCAAACUCGUCAGCGUCAAUUCAGCUACAGCAGCCAAGAACCGAACUCCUUGGAUUCGGAAUCGAAUCAGAUGUCGCCGACUCAUAGUCUGAAUAUUCUUUCGAAUAGCGUCGAUUGUUUGCAGUGCGGUCGGGCAUCGCCUGUACCGGAUUUACAGACUUACGUAACGGAAAUGACGAAGGAAUUGGCGACUAAUAUAAAAUCGGAAAUUCGGGAGGUUAUUUCGAAAGUGGAAGACGCUUUGGAAAAUUCCGAUAGCGUUUGUUCGUUUUACGAGAGGCACGGCAGCGGCAGCGAAGACGGUAGAAGCGAUUCAAUAUCCGCUAACGAGGUGGCUGAAUAUUUGGAAAAAGUGUCUAUAGAAAUGGCGAAUGAGGUUAAGUCUGAAAUACGUGACGUCGUUAGCGCCGUAGACGUGUUCAUAACGCCCGAUAACCCCGAUAAACUGUCGUAUUCUCGAGCAUCUACGGAGGAUCGACAUUUCGCCGCUUUUAAAUCCGAACAAGAAAAGUGCCAUCCCGGUCCUAGCAACGGCUCGAUACUCCAACAAAUCAUCAAUAAAUCCGCCAGUUCGGACAAACUUCUCGAUAAAGAGCAAAUCGACGAGGACAAAACGCAAAAAACGAAAAUAAUGUGUUCCACCGUUGCCAGCGUUAGUAGUCAAGAUAGCGGUAUUAAUUUGUCGUUCCACGAACAGGAACAUUAUCAAAACGGCGAAUCGAAAUCUAGAAGUAAUUCCGAAUCUCUACACGGACCGAGAAAAUCCGAAUCCGAAAUCAAAUUUUCCACUUUACAAAAACACAGGCCGAAAAUUUUCAGAGAUUUGAGCGACGAUCCGCAAUUAUUAGAAACAUUGGCAACUAGAUAUAAUUGUCCGCCGAAAAAUAUUUGGGAACCGUCUUUGGAAGCUCUCACCGAAUUCGAAAUGGUGAAAGACGGCGAUAAAGUUAUGGUGUGUCUUUCGGGAGGGAAAGAUUCUUUGUGUUUGUUACAUAUGUUAUUAGAAUAUCAAAAUUAUGUUAAAAAUAAAGGAGUUCUGUUCAGCAUAGGAGCUGUGACGGUCGAUCCGGAUUCGUCCGGAUGCGAUCCUUGUAUGCUGAUUCCGCAUUUGAAGACGCAGGGAGUUCACUAUAUCAUCGACGACAAAAAAUCCGACGUCGCUAACGAAAGAGAAAAACUAGAAGGUGCCAAAGAAAAUUAUUAUAGUUUUUGUUCACCUGGUUUACGGCAUCGACUGUAUUCUUCUGCCAAAAGCUCUGGUUAUAAUGUAUUGGCCAUCGGUCAGCAUUUAGAUGAUCUCUGCGAAAGCUUUUUACUGUCAGUUUUCCAUACGGGAAAAUUGAGAACGUUGAGAGCCCAUUAUUAUAUUAGAGAACACGAUCUACGAGUUAUCAGACCGUUCGUGUACGUUCGCGAAAAGGUUCUACGUCAAUAUAGCACCAAUGAAAACCUCCCAGUUCUCACUAGUUCUUCCAGUCCGAAAUUGACCAAAGAAAGUCAACGAGUAAAACAGGUUUUAAUUCAACAGGAAAUCCUCUUUCCUAAAUUGUUCGCUUCUCUUCGUUCAGCUCUACAUCCUUUAAUAGGUUUCGAAACACAGGAUUGUGAAAUCCUGUAUAGAAAGAGAUUGAAAUCCAAAGAUAACGACGUAUCGGACGACGAGACUGACGAAGAACCCAUUGUCAAAAUUGAAUAAGUGACAGUGACAUUAUUAUGAGGUGUAAUCGCAAUUUUUUCGAAUCAAUUUCAAAAAAAUUAGCACCUUAACGUCUAAAAAUAUAGAUAGGACUUUUAUUUUCAAAAUUAUAGAUACUUAAACGGGGCGAAGUUGUACAAAUAGUACAGGCUGGACAAAGAAAAAUUAUAUUUUACUUAGUAUUUAGGUAGGUGAUUUUUUUUAUAAAUUAUUUAUAUUUAACGUUGAUUCCAUGAAUUGACUUUUUUUACUUUAGGUAUGAUUAUCUCGAUUAAAUCGAGUUUUUAAAAUUUUUUUAGCACACUCUGGAGUAUACUUUUUUUUAUUUAGAAAUGUCGUUAACUGGGGAGAUUUUACAUAAUUGUUUUCGUGAAGCUCGAUGUGAAAUAAAAUUUGAGGUUAUAUUACCACCGAUUGCUUCUCAUGUAAUUAUUUUCUAAAAUAUUUCUUCGCCUCAAUACCUUUCAAAUUUUUUACACGUUCUCAUGACAUAUUCCCUACUGAAAAUACGGAAAAUGGAAACUACAGUAAUCAAAACAUCGAAAACACCAACACACUAUUUCAAAAAAUAAUCAACACUAAAUCAGCUGUAACAACAUACGCUAUUUUAACCUGAAAUUUUAUUCAACUUACACUACCAGUACACCGCCACUUACACUGCCUGACACGCGUUCCGAUAACCAAGUUAUAAUUCUAAGAGACUGAAAGAAAACUAAAACCUAUUGACUUGACAUACCUAUUUUAUACUAAAUUUCCCCAACAAUGAACAUUAGAAAAUUUAGUAUAAAAUAUGUAAGUCAAGUAAAUAAGUUUUAGUUUACGAUAAGUGGUUAUCGAAACGCGCAUUAGACAGUGUAAUGGUGUAGAGUAGUGUAAACAGAGUGAAUAUCAACAAUGGUUCUGAAAAUUGUUAACUUGAAAUUAUAAAUAUCAAAUAUCAAAUAUUGAUAUUAUUUAUUUUGGCACUAUUUUGUGACAACAACCCUAACUAAAUGCAUAUUUUGACAUGAUUUUUGUGAAAAUCUGAUGAUUUUGACACAGCGCCAUAAUUUCAUGACAGACAAUUGACAACGCUAUGACUCAUGCGCACUUAUUUUUUACUAAAUAAUUCCUGUUAUGGAAUAGUUGAAUACUUCUAGAGUGUAGUAAAAUUUCCCAGUUACAAAUUAAAAACUUUUAUUUUGAACAAGAAUAUAACAAAAACACUAUGAAAAUUGUUGAAAAGUUACGUGUAGGAUAUUUAGAGUUAAGUGAUUCUAUAUUGCCACAAAAGUUUUUGUUUAGGAAGUUGUUAUGUGAGGAUCUUAAAAGCUCAUGCGAUUUGAAGGAUUUGUCUUGGCCUGUACGAUUUUUUUUAGUAAGUGGAAGUAUUAUGUUACGUUUUAUUGUUAGUCUCAACAUUUUUAUUUGUCAUGUUAAGAGACUGGUUUUAAAUCUCAUUUUCAGUUUGUAUUUCUCAUUAAAUAAAUGACCAACUGGAAUAUUCCAUGUAAGAAGUACUCUACUUUUCAAAACCAAAUUAAUAACUUUACGUUUUUUUUUUAUUUAUAAUGAUUUUUCUCAACAAUUAUUAAUGUAUUCAGUACCUUCAUAGAGUCACUUAAAAAUCUUGAGUAAAUUUUUCAAUUCCUUUAUAUCUGAAAGCAGCAAAUUGGUUUUGGACAAUGUAUCCAAAAAUAGUGACCAGUGGCGUAGCGUGGAUUAAUAUAAACGUGUGCCAAGCCAAGAUCUACUUAUAAUAGGGAAAAACUAUAAUUGAAUAGUGGGAAAAUACUAAAAAGCAUAUAAAAUGGAAAAAACGUUUUAUUUUAUAACUUUAUGAUUCAAUUUUUUAAAAAAGUAAAGUUCCUCGGCUCUUUGCUUUAUUGAAAUCUUCUAAUAAGGAUUUGUAAUUAAUUUUUUCAUCUGGGGGGCGCGUCUGAGGUGGCUGGGACACGUGGAAAGUUCCUGGAGGACGGCGACUGAGAGGAAGACCAUGCCUUCGCUGGUUGGAGGACGUUGAGACGAACCUAACCAAUUUUAGAAAGAAACAGCUUCUGGUCUAAUGUAGAGCUAUCUUCGUUUCACUGUGCGGUGAUUGGAGGAACGUUGGAAGGAGUACAAUACAAUAAAUUAAAAAGAAUAACUGACAAAGAUAGCUCUACUGUAACUUUAUUUGUAUCUCAUUCUAAUACUGGAACACGAUUAGUAUUAUUUUGUCUAUGGUUACAAAGGGUCGUUUUGCAAAGCUAAGCAGUGUUGCCAAUCUGUGACUAGUGUGGCCAAUAUUGUUUUUAUUUAAUUUAAUAUAUAUUUUAAGUUGGUAUCGCUUUUAAAGAAACCUUGCGAGGCCCCACUUAGCCCGCGCUAUUACGCCAUUGAUCAAUUGAAACAACAGUUGGUCGUUUAUUAAUUUUUUUCCAUCUAAUGGAAACGCGUUAUUGACUGAGUUUUUAAAGGUGAAAACGAUUUUAAUUAUUUUAUAUACGAGGUGCAUUUUUCAGUUUAGUUUAUGACAAAAAAACUUUCUUAAAUGUAAUUUUCUUCCUAGCAGUUUUUUCGCUCUUUUUUAUUAUAUACAGGGUGGGAUGACAAAAAGGUAACAGUUGAUCUAACCUGAUGAAUGAACUGUUUGUAUUUGAAUUGAAAUGAUGCUUUUUUGUCAUCUACCCAAGUGCAACAUAAAAAAAAUCCCAUACUUUUUUCUUUAUACUUAUUUUCUCGUACAGAGAUUGUGAUUCAAAGUAUAUUAUUGUUGAACGUAAAAGUUGAGAGAUAAUAUUUAAUACUGUUAAUAAUGUAAUAAGUCAGAUGUUUUUAUUUCGUACAUAAAAAAUAUUUGAAA